CCGGUGCCAGGGCCGCGCCCGGCCGGGCCGCAGCCCCCGCCGCCAUGGCCCGCGUCUCGGCGAUGAUCAGCCCGGUGCUGGUGCUCUUCGGCUGCGACCUGUGCUUCGUGCGAGCCAACAGGCCACCGUCCCCUGUCAACGUGACUGUGACACAGCUGAAGGCGAACUCUGCCACAGUCUCCUGGGAUGUACCAGAAGGAGAUGUGGUCAUCGGCUACGCCAUCCUACAGCAGAGGCAGGAUGGGCAGAUGCAGCGCUUCAUCCGGGAGGUGAACACCACCAACCGUGCCUGUGUGCUGUGGGACCUGGCAGAGGAUGCUGACUACAUCAUCCAGGUGCAGAGCAUUGGCCUGUAUGGGGAGAGCCAGGCUAGCAAGCGUGUCCACUUCCGCACCCUGAAGGAGACCGACCGCCUGCCUUCCAACAGCUCCAACCAAGGUGACAUCACCAUGGAGGGGCUGGACAAAGACCGGCAGCUGCAGACAGGCGAGAUUAUCAUCAUUGUGGCUGUGCUGCUCAUGUGGGCAGCGGUGAUCGCCCUGUUCUGCAGACAGUAUGAUAUCAUCAAGGAUAAUGACUCCAACAACAACAAGGAGAAGACAAAGCCCUCCUCAGAGCACAGCACGCCAGAGCGGCCGAGCGGAGGGCUGCUGCGGAGCAAGAUGUCAGGAGCAGAAACUUCCUUUUUGGACGUGAAAUCCCCAGUUCCCCUCCAGAUUUUUCAGCUUGCUGAUUACCCUUUGCUAGGAGAUCUCUCCUCUUGGAUCCCUACUCCAAACUGACCCUGCUCUGCUGAGAAGAAAUCUCCCUCGGUCAAUAUCAUUGAGGUGUAAGUGCAACACCAGCUCUGCCGUCUGGGAUCUUGGGUGUCCUGCCAGAGCCACAGCAGGCCUUGGAAGAAGAGGCAGCACCAGGUGCGCCGCCUGGAACUCAGCAUGCGACGAUCCACGUACCAGAACUCCCGCUUUCCUGAGGGCACCUGUCUGCGGAUGAGCAUGGAGCCGGCUCCCAGCCAUGCAUGCAGAGCGUGGCUCUGCCCGUCCCACCCAGCCCUCCUCCCCUCCGGGGGAAGCAUGACCAUAAGGAUGGGUGGGAGGGAGCCAGGGGGAGCCAACGGGCUGAGGCAGGGGCCUGAGGGGAGCCCACGGCCCUGUGCACCGCCUCGGCCUAGGCCCGGGCUGCAGCUGAGGCACUGCAUGGCUGUGGGGCAGGGGCAGACCUUGCUCUCAGCUGCCCGUUUGGCCUUGGGGCUGCUGCAGAGAGCAGGAGCUGCUCCCCUCAGCGCCCCGGGGCUGCAGGAGCAGGGCGGUGCAGGCACUGCCCAGCACCGCCGGGAGAGCUGCGGCCUGUAGGAGGGUUUGGUUUGUCUGUGGGGCUGGGCCCAGCCAGCUCCGAGGAUGAGUGGAUUGCUGCUGGAGAACAGGGCUCCGCUGUACCCUGUCACGGCUGUGCAGGGCCUUCAAAUUCUCUGUCUACUGCAGAGGACAAAGACACGAGGGACAAUGAGGGGCUGGUGCUGUCACAGUGCCUGGCAGCCCGCAGAGCCUGCAGCAGGGCAGGCAGUGCAGGGCAGGGGGAGCGGGCACUGUCAGGGCAUGACUGUGGCUGCGCUGUGUCCCCACAAGGGCUCGGUGCUGGCACAUUCAGGCUGCCUGAGGGGAGCUGCAAAGAAUUUUCUGAGCAGCAUGGUGCCUGUGCUGCCUGGAGGAGACAAAGCGGUGAGGCCUGCAAGGUCUCAGUUGGAGGGAAUGGGGUGAAACGAGGAAGCUCCCUGCUGCCCUGGCUGCUGCUCGCCCUCCAUGCUCUGCUUUGCAGCCUGCCACAGACAGGCUCUGCAGCCCUGGACUCAAGCAUCACAGGAUCCAGUGUCUUCCAGGAAUAAAUCUCCUAGUAAAAGCACUUUCAGGACUUUUCCUUCCAGGUGCUGCUCAGCUCCUGCUGCAGGACUAGGUGGGGAAGGGACAGGAUAAGCAACUCCUGUGGCAGGGUCUUUUCAAUAAAAGCAUCCUGGCUCAAAGGCAGCAUCAGA